CCGGGGCCCUGCCCUUUGCUCUGCUGCUCUUCACUAAGUCCCGAGGCUCUGGAGAGUGGGCGUGGGAGUAGCCCUAGUUGAGACUCCAAGGUCCUCCCGGCUGUUUAGGGGGCCCCAGGCGAUAGCCACGUUCGGAUCCUGGCUACCAGCCAGGGGAGGGAGCUUGGGGUAAGGGGAGGGCCCUGAGGGAGGGGUCAGACUCCUUAGGAAAGAGUUAAUGCGAAGAGGGGGAGGGGAUAGGACGAAGAGCCCGAAAGGAAGGCUCAGAGCAGCCAACUCUAAACCGCGGCGGCGACUUUCAGUUUCAUUUCCACGGACCCUCCUGCCUGGGCCGCAGCCGCCGCCGCGAUGCCCAGCAAGUUCAGCUGCCGAAAGCUCCGGGAGGCUGGCCAGAGGUUCGAGAGUUUCCUGGCCGAACGGGGACUGGACCUGGAGACAGAUCGCGAGCGGCUGCGGGCGAUUUACAACCGCGACUUCAAGCCCAGCUAUGGGACCCCUGCCCCUGGCUUCUCCUCCAUGCUGUAUGGAAUGAAGAUUGCAAAUCUGGCCUUCGUCACCAAGACUCGGGUCAGGUUCUUCAAACUAGACCGCUGGGCUGAUGUGCAGCAACCAGAAAAGAGGCGAAUAAAACCAGGCUCGAAUAUCAGCAAGCAACACAGAUCACUGUUGGCCAGGAUCUUUCAUGAUAGGGAUGAGUAUCUUCAUGGGAAGCAUGGGGUGGACGUGGAAGUCCAGGGGCCCCAUGAAAUCCGAGAUGGGCAGCUCCUUAUCCGCCUGGAUUUGAACCGCAAGGAGGUGCUGACCCUAAGGCUCCGAAACGGAGGGACCAAGCCUGUUACCCUCACUCAUCUCUUUCCACUCUGCUGGACACCCCAGUUUGCCUUCUACCAUGGUGAACAGGACCUGCCCUGCCCGCUGGGCCCAGGUGAAAGCUAUGAGCUGCAUGUCUACUGUAAGACCAGCAUAGUGGGCUACUUCCCAGCCACCGUCCUCUGGGAGCUGCUGGGACCUGGGGAGUCAGGGGCAGAAGGAGCAGAAACUUUCUACGUUGCUCGUUUCUUGGCUGCCGUCGCCCACAGCCCCCUGGCCGCACAGCUGAAGCCCACAACCCCCUUCAAGCGCACCCCUCGGCUCACUAGAAACCCUGUGUUGACCAACCGGAUAGAGGAAGGAGAGAGACCUGACCGUGCCAGGGGCUAUGAACUGGAGCUAAGUUUGGCCCUGGGGACCUACUACCCACCCCUCCGCCUCAGGCAACUGCUCCCUACCCUUCUUCAGGGACCGAGUAUCUUCACGUCUCCAAAGGAGGUUGCUGAGAUCAAGGCCCAGUUGGAAACAACCCUGAAAUCCAGGAACUAUGAGGUGAAGUUCCGGCUGCUGCUACACCUGGAGGAGCUGCAGAUGGAGCAUGACAUCCGGCACUAUGACCUGGAGUCGGUACCCAUGACCUGGGACCCUGCGGACCAGAAUCCCAGGCUGCUCACACUGGAGGUUCCUGGUGUGACCGAGAGCCGUCCCUCUGUGCUACGGGGUGACCACCUCUUUGCCCUCUUAUCCUCUGAGACCCACCAGGAAGACCCUGUCACCUACAAGGGUUUUGUACACAAGGUAGAACUGGACCGUGUCAAGCUGAGCUUUUCCACAAGCCUCCUGAGCCGAUUUGUGGAUGGGCUGACCUUCAAGGUGAACUUUACCUUCAACCGGCAGCCCCUUCGGGUCCAGCACCGGGCCUUGGAGUUGACAGAGCGAUGGCUGCUGUGGCCCAUGCUUUUUCCCGUGGCUUCCCGUGGGGUCUCGCUGCUGCCCUCAGAUGUGAAAUUCAAGCUGUAUGACCGGAGUCUGGAGUCGAACCCGGAGCAGCUUCAGGCCAUGAAGCACAUUGUGAGGGGCACCACCCGGCCUGCCCCCUACAUCAUCUUUGGGCCUCCAGGUACCGGCAAGACUGUCACGUUAGUGGAGGCCAUCAAGCAGGUAGUGAAGCUCCUGCCCCAAGCCCACAUCCUGGCCUGUACGCCAUCCAACUCAGGGGCUGACCUCCUCUGUCAGCGCCUCCGGGUCCACCUGCCCAGCUCUAUCUACCGUCUCCUGGCCCCCAGCAGGGACAUCCGAAUGGUUCCUGAGGACAUUAAGACCUGCUGUAACUGGGAUGCUAAGAAAGGAGAGUAUGUAUAUCCCGCCAAGAAGCAUCUUCAGCAAUACCGGGUCUUAAUCACCACCCUCAUCACGGCCAGCAGGUUGGUGUCAGCCCAGUUUCCCAUCGAUCACUUCACACACAUCUUCAUCGAUGAGGCUGGCCACUGCAUGGAGCCUGAGAGUCUGGUGGCCAUAGCAGGACUGAUGGAUGUCAAGGAAACGGGCAAUCCAGGAGGGCAGCUGGUGCUGGCAGGAGACCCUCGGCAGCUGGGGCCUGUGCUCCGUUCGCCACUGGCACAGAAGCACGGACUUGGCUACUCUCUGCUAGAGCGCCUGCUCACCUACAACUCCUUGUACAAGAAGGGCCCCAAUGGCUAUGACCCCCAGUUCAUCACCAAACUGCUCCGCAACUACAGGUCUCACCCCACCAUCCUGGACAUCCCUAACCAGCUGUACUACGAUGGGGAGCUGCAGGCCUGUGCGGACGUGUUGGAUCGAGAAAGGUUCUGCCGCUGGGAGGGGCUGCCUCGGCAGGGCUUUCCCAUCAUCUUCCACGGUGUAAUGGGCAAAGAUGAGCGAGAGGGCAAUAGCCCAUCCUUCUUCAACCCCGAAGAGGCCGCCACAGUGACGUCAUACCUGAAACAGCUGCUGGCCCCUUCCUCCAAGAAGGGGAAAGCCCGCCUGAGCCCCCGGAGCGUGGGCGUCAUCUCCCCAUACCGGAAGCAGGUAGAAAAAAUCCGUUACUGCAUCACCAAACUUGACCGGGAGCUUCGAGGACUGGAUGACAUCAAGGAGUUAAAGGUGGGCUCCGUGGAAGAAUUCCAAGGGCAAGAACGAAGCGUCAUCCUCAUCUCCACCGUCCGGAGCAGCCAGAGCUUUGUGCAGCUGGAUCUGGACUUUAACCUCGGUUUCCUUAAGAACCCCAAGAGGUUCAACGUGGCUGUGACCCGGGCCAAGGCUUUGCUCAUCGUAGUAGGCAACCCCCUCCUCCUAGGCCAUGACCCGGACUGGAAAACAUUCCUGGAGUUCUGUAAAGAAAACGGGGGGUAUACUGGAUGCCCCUUUCCUGCUAAACUGGACCUGCAGCAGGGACAGGACUUACUCCAAGGUCUGAGUAAACUCAGCCCCUCUACCUCAGGGCCCCACCGCCACCAAAAUCUCCCUCAGGAGCGGGAGGGUGAAGGAGGCCUGUCCUUCCAAGUGGAGCCAGAGUGGAGAAAUGAGCUCUGAAGACACAGCUGCCGCCUUCUCAGACCAGCCAAGCCUUAUUGCUGCCUAUUCCUCAGAACCCAGUUCACCUGUCCCCGCGAGAGACAGGAAGGCUGGGACGUUUACAUCCCCAACCCUUCCACCCCUUCCUCUGCUAGGGAAAAUUAACCCAAGCUGCUAAAAUUUGGAGGAAGGGGGAGGAAGAAAAGCUUUUUCUUUUUUCCAUCUCCUUCGCAGUACUGGGGAUUGAACCCACAGCCGCGAAUAUGCUAGGCAAGCAGUCUAUCGCUGAGCCGCUUCAAGAAAAACAAAAUGCCGUUCUAUGCAAAAGCCUCUUGCUUACGCCUUGCUUGCUUCCUGUGCCCCCCAGCUGACCCUCCAGGAGGGUAUCUGUCCAGAGCCACACCCCUUUACAACUACGUGGAAGACAGGAAACCCAGUGGACAGGGAAGCCACCCACAGGCUUCUAUGUUUAGCCAAUGGUACGGACCACUCCCCUCACCCACCCAGGCAGUCAGCCAAACAUGACCUCAUCCUUUAGACUCCACCCUGUCCCCUGCUGCCUCCGCCCCCAGCCCCGCCUCGGCAGACAGGGGCCCAGCCUAGCCAGCAACUCGAGAAAAAGAUGGGACUCCAGGCUCACAGCCAAGGUAGGCCAGUAAAGACAGGAAGCUGCCGCACGUGGUGCAACCUUUGACCUUUAUUCAUGUCCUGCCCUCCCACUGAGUCAAGUCAGAGGUGAGGCUACUACCCAAAGCAGAAAUGCCACCCCAGACUCCUCCUGUGAGCCAGAAAUAUAAAGUGCUGGUGUGUGAUAGAGGGAAGGGACUACGAGCCCAACCCCUGGACCAACGCGGCAGGCAGGCGGAGGGGCUCUGCUCAGGAAGGGCAGGGCACUAGCCUGGUUCCCAGUGGCAGGGAGGAAAGGGCCUACCAGCCCCCAGGUGGGGCUGGGAAAACUCAUGCAGUCCUGGGCAGGAAAGAACCAAAAAAGAAACUGGCAGCAAGGAGCCCUACAAGGGUGGAAUGGGAUAAGGGCAUUUUGAACCCCGUGAGGGGGAGGAAGGGAAAACUGGAGAGAUCUUGGGAAACUCAGAGAAUGGGACAGCCUCUCCGGCGCUUAUUCUUGCGGACCUGUAGGCCAGCCCGAGUGGCCAUCUCAAAUACCUCCCGCACCCCUUCCUUAGUCUUGGCUGAUCACUCAAGGUAGCCAAAGGCACUGAUCCUGUUUGCCAUGUCCCGGCCUUCCUCGGAUCGAACAGGCUCCUGCAAAGACAAGAUGUGGGGUCACAAGAAGAGGCAAAUAAUAUCUUCUAUACGCCCUGCAGAACACCCAGCUACCAUAGGCAGCUUCCAAGCUGGGGCCAUAAGACCCAAGUUUCCCAUUUCAGAAUUCUGUCUAUUCUCUCUUCCCACCCAGCCUGAUUCCUACAGUGCCCAUUUCAACUCUGAGCAAGCGCCCACCGCCCAACUGACCUCCGUUCUUAUUUUCCUCUAGUCCACUGGUUCUCGACUUUCAUAUAGCUCCUCCUGUUGUGGUGACCCCCCCAACCAUAAAGUUAUUUUGUUGCUACUUCAUAA